GUGUUUGUGUGUGUGUGCAUUUUCUAUUUUCUAUUUUCUACUACCCAAAAAGAAAGAAAAAGAAAAUGUGUGGAAGAAAUUGAUUGACAGUGAUUUUGUAGUGUUGUGGUUUCUGAAUCUCUAACCACACAACCUCAGAACUCUAUUUUUCCACAUCACUUUUUUCAUUCAUUCUCAAAACAACAAACAAAGAAGAAAAUGGUGGUGGUAGCCUUUGAAACAUGAAGAGAAGUGUAUUAUUAUGCAUCUUCAAUGGCAUCAUCAUGUCAUAAUGCAUUUUCAUUUUCACCAACUAGAUUAUUCUCCACUACCAUGUUAAAACAUCUCCCAUCUUUCAGAUGCUCCUCCUCCAUCACUACUACUAAUUCUACACCUUCCUACAAUUCCCUUGUUUCUGAGACUGUUAGGCUAUUGGGUCCUCCAACAAAAUUUGAAGCUUCAAAACUCAAGGUUGUUCUACUGGAAGAUCCGAUAAACAGAUAUGCAAGUAUUCUUCCUAGAACCUACAUUCUUUCUCACUGUGACUUAACGGCAAAUCUGACUUUAGCUGUUUCCAAUGUGAUCAAACUAGAGCAGUUGCGAGGGUGGUACGAGAAAGACGAUGUUGUAGCUGAAUGGAAGAAAGUGAAAAAUGAAAUGUGCCUACAUGUUCAUUGCUUUGUCAGUGGUCCUAAUUCCUUCCUGGAUCUAGCUGCUGAAUUUAGAUAUCACAUAUUCUCCAAGGAAAUGCCUUUGGUACUCAAAGCAAUUCAAUGUGGAGAUUCUGUACUUUUCCAUGAUAAUCCAGAAUUGCUGGAUUCUACAGUUCGAGUAUAUUUUCAUUCUAGCUCAAAAAAAUACAACAGAAUGGAAUGUUGGGGACCUUUAAAGGAUGCCAUGGAGGGAAAACGCGCGGAUCAGUUACAAGGGUUGAUAAACAGAGAUCGUCCUCCGGAAAAGUGGAGAAGCCCAAUGUCCAUCUUCCAAGCUCUUUUUGCUUUUCUUCUUUGAAAUGUAUUAUUGGUGACUUGGUUGAUUUGUUUAUAUCCCAAUUUUUUUCCACAACUCAGAACUUUGGGUGGUUUAGACAAAGCAAAAGUCAGCUUGCAAGAAUGAACUUGUCUGUAAGAGGAAAAUGUAAAAUUGCACAAAAGCAUUUUUUCUUGUGCACUAGAAGGAAUUUGCUUAUUAUGAACUAUGUAAUUAUUAAGUAAUUGUUAACAGAUUGAAUCCCACUCAAAGAUGAGUUAUCAAAUUUAAUCCUUAA